CAUGGCUCCCGAUUUUCCGUCCGAUUCCCAGUUCCCCAUGCAUGCACGCCUUCUUCUUCGUCUUCUACUUGAUCGAAUUGAAGGCGACGUCGCUGCCCCUGCCCCUGCUCACCCUCACCUCCUCACACGGUGCAUGCUCUGCGUUUGUGCGACGAUCCGUAGGCCGCGGCGGCACAGCGCUGCAGGAGCUCGUGUCUGCCGGUUCGACGCCGCGGCGAGCGCCAAGGAGACGGCCGGCGGUUCCCUUGUAAACGUCAGGCACACCAGCGUCGGCGGCGACGGGGUGUUGCAGGCGGAGGAGGCGGCGGCGGUGCCAGUACGGUCAGUGCCGGUGCGCGUGGCGUACGAGCUGCAGCAGGCUGGCCACCGCUACCUCGACGUCAGGACUGAAUCUGAGUUCAGUGCCGGCCAUCCGGAGAGAGCUGUGAACAUCCCCUACCUGUUCAGAGCAGUCACAGGAACGACGAAGAACACGUGCUUCCUCGAGCAAGUGGCGAGUAUCUUUGGGAAGGACGAUGGGAUCAUCAUUGGCUGUCAGAGUGGCAGGAGAUCUCUCAUGGCAGCAACUGAGCUCAGCUCCGCUGGUUUCACGACUGUGACCGACGUUGCUGGUGGAUUCUCUUCAUGGAGGGAGAAUGGACUGCCUAUUACCCAGUAAUAUUUGGCCCCACAAAUCUAUCUACUCUAGCUCCGGCUCGGCUCAUGCAUGAAUCAUAGAUUGUAGCGUUCUUGGCUUUUCAAUUAAUGUAAUACUCACUUUGCUUAUAAAUAUAUGACGCUUGGACAAUUUCAAAAACCAUUAUGGGGUGGGGAAUUUCAGCAAUUUUUCCAGUCA